UUGCCCUCUUUUUGUCCAAGUUCCCACUUUUCCAGAAAUAGGUCUUUUGGAGUCCCUUUGAUCCUGAAUAAUUUAUGUUCAAAGCGUCACUCCGGCGUGACAUUUGCUCACAUCAUCCCAGGGUAACCGCUGGCAGGAGCAACGAAUCCCUCAUCAGAGCGCAGAAAGGUCAAGUGAUAUCGAUCUUAUCGCACAAACACUCUCUAUGUUGUCAAAAUCAAAUCUCCAAAUCUGGGAUGAGGUCGGAUAUGACGGCUCACUUCACGCCUCGUUAUCAGCAGCUGCUCCUUUGGAGACGAGAUGUCAGGAAAUCACAUCUGGAAGAGUCGGAAUCAGAGUGAUGAGAUUGGUUCUGAUGCUUAGAAGGCGGCUGGCGGAACUUUAACCGCAUUUUUCCUGGCUAAUCUGCCGUGCGUAAAAUACGCGCUCCAGGGCGGGGACUAUUUUGGAGAGGCAUCAUUAAAAAACACAUUGCUGCGUCAACAGGUUGUUUAGAGUAUCUCCUGGUCCCCUCUGAGCAUCACUCCUACUUAGAUCACACCAGAAACAGAGUGAAGCGCGCGCGACGCAUUUGGACGCAUUUGGCCGAAUUUGGACUCUUGCGCGUGGAUUGCCGCCUGCCUUUCCAGGGAUGUCGGGAUGUGGCGCAGAACUUCUUAAAAUGUUAGGGCUUCACGCGCUCGCCAUGCCACUGAUGCCCCCAGCAGCUGCAGCGCGGAGACAACUGCAACAUAAUGGCAUGUAGGAGCGGCUGCUGCUGCAGCUCCGGACCCGUGAACGAGGAUAACGCGCGGUUCCUGCUGCUGGCGCUCUUCAUCGUCGUCUACCUCCUCUGCGGGGCCGCCGUCUUCUCGGCGCUGGAGCAGCCGAAGGAGCGGGAGGCCAAGGAGCGCUGGGCGCAGAGGUUCGAGCAUUUCUCCCAGAAGUACAACCUGAGUAAGAAAGACUUGAGGAACUUCCUGAGGAACUAUGAGGAGGCGAACGUGGCGGGAAUCCGAGUGGAUACGAUCAGACCUCGGUGGGACUUCAGCGGGGCGUUUUACUUCGUGGGAACCGUGGUGUCAACCAUUGGCUUUGGGAUGACCACACCUGCCACCAUUGCAGGCAAAGUCUUCCUGAUGUUUUACGGCCUGCUUGGCUGCGCCGCCACCAUCCUCUUCUUCAAUCUCUUCCUGGAGCGGGUCAUCACUGUUAUCGCCUUCGUACUCAAGUCCUGCCACGAACGACGGCAAAACAAGGCCGUGCUCCCGAAAAAUGGACGUUGUGCCUCCGAGGAGGAGAGAGCGGGUGGAUCUAGUGGAUCAGGAAAAGGCGGGGAUCUUGCUGGCUGGAAGCCCUCGGUCUACUGCGUCAUGCUUAUAUUAGGAGCGGCAGCCGUCUUGGUGUCCUGCUGUGCGUCUCUGAUGUACUCUGCAGCCGAGGGCUGGGCCUAUCUGGACUCUCUUUACUUCUGCUUUGUGGCCUUCAGCACCAUUGGGUUUGGGGACAUGGUGAGCAGCCAGCGGGUCUCCUACGAGGGAUACGGCAUGGCAGCGUACCGGCUGGGCAACUUUUUCUUCAUCCUGACCGGCGUCUGCUGCAUCUACUCCCUCUUCAACGUCAUCUCCAUCGUCAUCAAGCAGGUGCUCAACUGGCUGCUGAGAAGACUGGAAACCCCCUGCCGCUGCUGCUUCCCCAGGAGAGGUCUCCCCCCGCACCGGCACCCCCGCCGUAACGUGGUCGCCCCAGGCCACCUUCGAGCCCGCAGAGACCCCUCCAUCGAAACAGAUGCCAUCAACGAGAGCGAAACCGACCCUGGGCGCAGGAUGUCUGGGGAGAUGAUUUCCAUGAGAGACUUCUUAGCUGCAAACAAGGUGAACUUGGCUAUUAUGCAAAAGCAACUUUCUGAGAUGGCCAUCGGGCACCCGCGCCAGCCCAACUCCAGUUCACGUCAGAACGGCUUCUCGGGAGGCGUCGGCGCUCUGGGCAUCAUGAAUAAUCGCCUGGCGGAGACGAGCAUGGACAGAUAAGGGCGGCCCUGGAAACGAGGCGGCAGAUGGGUGAGAAAGAGAGGACAAACUGACACGGAGAGAGGCGCCGCCGCUCAGCCACGAAUUCAUCCAAGACUUCAUUACCAAUGCAUGAAAGUUUACUCACAUCUGGACCAAAGCGCUGGACAUCCUGUUUCCAUGGCGAUCAAAAGCCUUCCUGCAGGCCUGUAUCUAAGCUUCUAAACAUCCGUCAGCAACUUCAACUACAUUCUGCAACAAUGCUCACUAUGACUCGACUCCAACCUGUAUCUGUGCGUUCAUGAGAGGAGCAUACAGUUAAUAAAGCGCCAGUUUCCUCA